AUGGAAAUCCAGACAGCCCCAAGGAAGGUGAAGCCGAAACGGGAACCAAAGCAGAAACGGGAACCGAAGGCUGGCACGAAGACACCAAAGCGACAGGCGUGCACGGAGACUGAAGAAGACAAGCCCAAGAAGAAAGAGAAGAAGGAUUCCAGACCCUCCAUGAACCAAUGCUGCGAUGAGCAUGUCGGACAGCCUGUCCUGCCCCACGCUGACCUCGUGCCUGAGGAAAUGGCCAUGGUUUCCCGAGAUUUGUCCGGCUGCGACCUUCUUUGGGAGCUUUACAGUCCACCCCGCCUCAUCAAUAUCCUGUCCGACAAAGGCUACAGUCACAGUCGAGCUUAUGACUUGGUGACCGGCUGGAACCUCUUGUCGGCGAACGAGCAGAGGAGCUUGGUGCAGGACCAGUACAAGCAUCGUCCCUUCUUUGUUCAUGCAAGUCCACCUUGCACACACCUGUCUUCGCUCAGCAACUCCAAUUGGACACGUGGUGAUUUCCAGAAGAGGCUCUCUGACUUGAAGGACGGACUUCAUCAUGUGGAUGUCACCUCAUGGGUGGCCCAGAUCCAGAAGGAGACAGGUGGGUUCUACUCCCUGGAGCACCCCGCGGUGUCCCAGAUGUGGCGGCGAUCUUGUGUGACCCGGCAAGUGAAUGCUAGCUGA